CGGCGCCUUCGUCAGCCGGGCAUGCGGAGGAGCGCGAAAGCGGAGCGGCGAAAGCGCGCGCGACGCCGUGAGAUUUCACCCCCGUUUCCGUCGCCGUUGUCGUCGUCGUCGUCCUCCACCUCGCCUUCGCCUUCUCGUGCCUCCCGGCGAGUCAUCAUUCUCGCCCGUCACCGUCAUCGGUUUUUCGGCGCGGCGGCAGUGGAGUAGAGUCUCGAUCGACGAUUUCGUCGACGUGACGCGCGUGCGACGCUCCGAAUCCGAAAUCCGGCGCGCCGACGUUCAUCAAUAAGCGAGCUCUCGCGUACACUCGCGUGCACGCACGCACGCAUUCCGAACGUGCGUUCGAAUUCACGCACGCACGCAUGCCUGCACUCCUAGUGCUUCGUGAUCGUACACUCUUUCGUUCGCUCAUUCGUUUGCUGGUUUGCUCGUUCAUUCGUUCGUUCGUUCGUUCGGUGCUUUCGCUCGCGAUCAAGAAUGACGCGUGACGACCACGCACGCACCUGGAGGAGCGUCGUCGAGCAGCGCGACCGCGACGGUUGAAGAAGGUUGAGAAUCCAGAGCAGGUCUCUCGCGCGGAUUGCCUAGCCAGGACGCCCUGGCGGACGGACAAUGGCAAUCUCGAGUUGGAUGAUUUGGGGUAGGAGCCUACGCACCGGCCGUUCCCGUCGAAGUCGCCAAGACGAGGACAACUGCGUGCAGCUUGACCUGUCAAGAGGAUUAAAGGAGAACGUCAAGGAGGUCUUAACUAAUCUUUGCCAGCGGCACAAUGUUCCAAUCGUAAAGAAGCUAGCGUAUCUCAAUGCUAUUGUCAAGUUGAUUAGCGAAACCGAUUUUCAAGAUUAUGGCUACUCCGCGGAAGAUCUGUUCUGUUGUUUACGCGUGGCGCUGGUCCACGAGGCGACGCAGGUGCGCGCCGCCGCGCUACGGGCGGUGCGUUACAUGCUCAAAAAGGAGCAGGAUGUCAUCGCGAUCAACAAGCUACAGUACCCAUACUUCUUGGCGCGCAGCAUGGACGUUAAUUUGCGUAACGAGAUGGAAAGGAUACAAGCUCUCCGGCUCGUCAGGAGGAUCCUAGUAUUAGCCCCUAAGCAUUUCAGUUCCGUGCUAGCGAGAUCGCUGAUCAGUUUAACGAACGGUGGCGUCGAGGAGAGGGAUCGCGCAUUUAAAGCAUUUCUAGCAGUUGUAUGCGAGUUAGGCGUCCUGAACUCGAAUCUGCUGAUAAGCUGCGGCGGCGUCGGCGCGCUUGCCAGGGCUGCGAUGACCGGUCAGAGCGCUGCCGCGGUCGAGUCCGUCGUCGGGGUGCUGCUACGACUGCUGAACAAUCCCGAUACGCGCGGCAGCGUCUCUCUCCUGUGCUUCGCCGCGCCUUACUGCGAACUCCAUUCUUUGAGCAUGGAGAGAACCAAGGAGGAGCGUGAGCAGAGAUUCGCCGCGAGUAAACUGGCUUUGCUGAGCAUCCUGCGCUCGUAUCCGGGUGUCCUGCAUUUUUGCCGAUCAGACAAUAAUUCAGGUCUCAAGGCUAUCGCGGAUAUUUUAUACGUGGAUCAACUGGAGGUGCGCGGCGCCGUUCUAGAACUGCUCUAUGAGCUUCUGGACCUGCCACUGCCCACGUGGACUGACGAGCCAGACGUUGCGCUAGCCGCAGUGGAUCCUAGUAGAGCGCGAGACUCGUGGAAGUUGUCGGAAGGUUUUGUUGCCGCCGAGGGAAAAUCCAUACUGCCAUCCUUGUCGUCGCACUGUCCCAACAUCACGGAGAUACAUUCGGCGUUGUUGGUCUACGUUCUUUUGGAGUGCGGCCUACACCGAGCCCUCGCGGAAACUAUCGUCACCAGCGACACAUUCAUUUCGGUGCGCGCGGCAGUACUUCUGGGAGCAUUACUGCACCUCGCGCAUUCACUCCUACCAUCCGAGCUUUGUGACCUUACGCCACCAUUGCCUAAUCUACUGGAGCACGCGAGUGCCGGUAAACAUCAGGCACUAGCGGCAGUCACUAUUCUCGAGCGAAUGCAUACUAUGAUGCGACGUAGACCGACCCCGGCGAGUCUCUUCCUUGAUCGUAUUCUCCAAGCGGGCACCUGGCUACGUCCAACUCUGCCACGACGUCAGCGGCCUUCAGGUAGACACUGGCUGCGAAUCGGCAGGGAGUCACCAAUCACGCCUCUGCUGAAGGAUGCGCAAGUACUCAGCUCGAAGGAUGCUCUCGCUUGGAACUGGCCAGUGGUGCGAGCGAUUCUACGAUCGCGUGAAGAUGCAACGCGAAUCUUACAUGACUCCGAUCAUCGGUUGUUCAUGAAACGACUCGUACGUUAUUUUAAACCGUCGUGGAAUGGCUAUAGUAGAGUCGAGCUGGGCACGAACGCAACGUUGGCGCGAGAGGCGACUCUCGCCGGUUGCGAUCUAUUGAAUUGUCUGUUGGAACUGCAUGAACCAGAAAGCGCGCGACUACUCAACGAGUUGAUCGGGGAUAUUGCCGAGCAAAUCGGCAACAUCCGUACCGCCGAGUCCGCGCAUGAUUGUCUGUUUUCACCGCGUCAUAUGUCUACCACGUGUUGUCAGAAGUACUUCCUAUUUCUCGGUCAGCUGAGUCAUUCAGCUAAAGGUACGGUGGUUCUCAAGAGCUUCAAUCUGCUGGAGAAGCUACAGGACCUCGCGCUGGCCACUAAUCACGACUGCUAUGUCAAACUAAUCAUCUCCAGCUUGGAUUAUUCCCGAGACGGCCCCAACAGAAAGGUACUCAGCAAGAUCAUCUCUGAGGCGACGUUAUGGAGCACGCGUCUCUACGCCACACAAUUCCUACGGUUGAUUCUUCGUGCCAGAAUGACGGACGCCGUACACUGGGCAAUGGCCUUGCUGGCGGAUCGAUUAUCGGACAGUUACACAGCCGUGGCAUUGGCCGCUUUGGAGGCGCUACAUGAGGCCUGCGACGAAAUUGAGUAUCUAGAGGCAUUGUUGCAGCAAGGUGGACAGUCACGCGACUGGGACAAAUGGCUGCAACACCUGGGCGACAAGGGUUAUCUGUUGAAGAUUCGACUGUACUCUCUUGAGCAGGGUUUCGCGAGUCUCACCGCACCUUCCGAAGAAUUAGAGAAGUGGAUCGGCCCCGGCGGUUUCGCCGAGCGAUACGUGGGCCUUAUAGAAGGAGAGAUACAUGAUGCAUUGACAUGUCGUCAACGCGACGAGACCGGGAGCUACCAGAGAAGACACUCGAGCGAUGUCGUGAUAAUGCCGCGAGACAUCUACGUGCCCCCGCAUCUGAUCGGCCAGUUGGCACAGCACGAUCAUGGGAUGCAAUUAUUGUUACGCCGCAACGUGAUACAACGUUUCGCCCGAGUGUUACAACGAUUCAAAUCGGAGUUUGGCGGUCGCGACUCGGAGUGCAACUCGCGAUGUACCAGAGCGAGUCGUCUCGCUGCUAUGGCAGCAGCAACAGCAGCUUCCGCUGCUGCCGACGAUAUCUGCAUCAUGUCAGAGGAGUCCGGCACAGAUGAAGCUGUGGAGCAGUGUAGUCGCCUCGAAACCAUCCCCGAUUAUGAAACAGUGGAAAUUGAGGUUCGUGACACGGCGAGUCAACCGCGAACGGACUCGCUGAUGGAGAUCCGUCGCAAGACCAGCAUGGACGACUCUAGGCACACUACUCCGGAGCGAAGUUGGAGACUGGAGACCGAGUCAUCGCGUGACGAUCACUUUGCCGGUCCAAACGGCGGCAUUCUCAAAGUCAAAUCGGCUCUUUGGGCUCUCGGUCACGCGGGCACGUCUGUUGCGGGUGUUGAGCACCUAAAUCACCUGGGUAUCAUCGAGAUGAUUACGUCCAUGGCGGAAACAUGUCCGUAUUAUUCGGUACGCGCUACCGCAAUGUACGCGCUCAGCUUGCUCGGUACUACGCGAGCUGGAGCCGACAUUCUGGUGAACUUUAACUGGCCGUGCGUCAGGCAUCGACGCGGUGAUAAUUGGCCCGUAGUCCCACCCUCAAGCAGGUAUCCUAUGCCAAGCCCAAUUCCCGUGCAGCGGCAUCAUCGUAGUCUCAGCGACGGCAAACCAGAACUGCUUGAGCCAAUUGUGCGUCGCACUAGGAAUAGAUCCGAAAGCGCGGCUACAGAUCUCGAAGCGCGACGAUACUUCCUUUUAGAGAGAGGCGAAACUCCAAGUCCUGUUUCAAGUAUUCAAAGACUAAGCCAACAAGAUGCUGAAGGAUAUGCGCGACUACGUAGUUUACAACGCCAUCGCAGGCCGAGUUAUUCUCAAAGUAGUUUAGAAAUGUAUAGCUUAGACGGCCGUCUUUCACUGCAAAGUUUGUCAGAGUACGAUUCGUCCCGCAGCUGGAUUGCGGAAAAUGCGGUUCUUACACCGACGCCACCUCCUCCGGAAGACGAUAAUGAGAAUUCGUUCUACAUGGGUGUCUGCUUGCCGAGAAGGUUACUCACGAUCUUCCCCGAACCUCCUCAGCCGUCCCAACCAACCAUUCUCGAAGAUAGCAUCAGGUCCGAGUUGGAGACAACGGAGAUCGAUGAAGAAUCCAGUUCGGAGUGCGACGCCGAUACCGAACAUUGUCGUACGUGUCUCGUUUGUUAUCACGGCAAGAGUGGUAAGGACACUGGUUCGGAACAGGAUAUGAAAUUGCGAAGAGAAAUACUUAGACACACUCAACGACUUGCAAAUCCAGUAUGGUAUCGUCACAGUCGUCAAUCGUUACUUAGACUGAGGCAGCGGUAUCCAGAAAAAUUUCAGGAUACCUGUUUGUUUUCGGACGUAUCCGCUCGUCUUGGCAGCGGUACGUACAGAAUGCCAGCGCGACGAUUUCUGCAAGAACUGUUUCUGGAUUCUCCAUUCGAUGCGCUCUACGUCGAACCAAUCAACAUUCUGAAGAUAGCAAUCGGCACAGAGGAGAAUCCCCUGCAAUCACCUGUUCCUAGCUCCGAGGCUAGCCCUCGGCAGCAAUCUGUAAGUCCUGUGGAGGGCAAGAUUAACGGAAGACUUACUCUGACUGAGAUACAAACGGCGCAAUUGGCAUCGGUCGCCGAGGAAAAUUCCUCGACCGGUGGCGGUGGCGGAGGCGGCGGCAGUGGUGGCAACGAAUCGUGCAACGCGGGGCAUCAAUGUAAGAAGAAGCCCCCGGAGAUCGUGCGUCCGUCGCAAGAGCGGCGCACCGACGAGAAGAUCAUAGCCGAAAUCUUGAAACCGGAAGAGCGAAUACGUUUGUCAAAGAAUUCCGAUAGGUCGUUAAAAGUAUCAGGUACAAACACUGCCAUCAGCCUUGAUUCGUAGUUUUUCAAAUUCUUGAUCACGACUGCGCGCGUGUGCGUACGUGCGUGUAUGCAUAUGCAUAUGCAUGUCGUGCGUACGUCAUAUGCUGUGUGUACAUAUUUUGUAUUAAAAUGAUAAUGAUAUAUAAAAGUAAUAAAUUACACACAACAUAUAUACAUACAUUCACACACUGCCGGAAAUUAGACGUACCCUUACGCGUAUUUCAAUGUUUCCUAUUUCUUGUACACCUCUACACAUAAUUAUUCAUUAACCUUAGGAUUACACACGCUUUCAAAUACACUGGGUCUCGUUGAGACUUACCGAAUACUUUCGCCACACAAGACUGUUAAAACUGCAGAUUUCUGAACGAAUGCUUUUGCCAAGAGGAUGCUAGAAGAUUUUAGAUUAUAAAAUCAAAAUUUAAUCUGCUUGCUGAAUUGUAAAAUACAAACGUUUCAGGAAAAAUGUUUGAGUGAUAGUAAAGAAUUGGAAACUUGCCAGGUCUCGCAGGCUUUAUGUGUGUAGUCCGCGGGUUGAUAACCGGUUAAUUCGUAUUUUAUAUCUAUAUUGUACACCACAUUGUAAUCUGUCGCAUCAUUUUUUUUAAUGUCGACUUUUUUUCUUUGCGAAGAUGCGACGAAACCGUUGUUAGUUUUAUACUUACUAUUAUAAUUUCAUUUCUAUUUAUACGCAUUAAUUUAUGUAUUAUGUAUACGAUGAAAAAAAAGAUGGAAAAAAAGGAGCAGAAUGUGUGAAAUAUCAACAAACGUUUACGUA